AUCCUGUUUAUACACGUAUAAAGACUCCUCUGGAGAGCUGGUGUCACAAAUAAGCCGGUAACUCGCGACCAAGCCACUUUCAGUCAGCUACCCGGCUAGAAUUUAUCUAGCUUAGCUUUCGUGUUUUCUCACGAUCUGGUUCUUUUUAGAAGGGAAGAGUGUCCCAGCAACCAGUCCACCCAGUAUCCUGUCCCGCAGACAUCCAGUGUCGCCCUGCUCUGCCUACUGUGCCCAAAUCGCUUCCACACCAAGCCCACUAAAGAAGAAAUAAUCAGCAUGCUUGACAGUGUGCGAAUGCUGUCACUAGUAGCCCUAGUCGCUGUACUUUGGACUGGCUGCGAAGGCAGGGGAGUGGAUUUGGGGCUUUGUUCUGAUUCAUCCGUAACCUGCCAGUGUGGGAGCCCAGACAUCCAGCUACAAGUACAAAUCCCUAUCAAAGAGUGUACAUAUUUUUACCGAUGGAAGCCUUACUGUAAAGCUUGUGAUGAGUUCGACGAAGCUGCUCUUUGUAGCCAGUUCAGAAACUGUCUCUCCUGUAACCCUACAAGAGACGGCGGUUGUGCGUCCUGUCCAAGUGGAAGAUAUGGGCCAAACUGCCAAGGAGUUUGCCGGUGUGAAAACAAUGGGGUCUGUAAUGCGCAAACCGGAGCUUGCCAGUGUCUAAACGGCUUCAGCGGUCCACGAUGUGCACAGAGAGAUGCGGUGACAUGCAGUGCUGCGCCAUCGAUUGCCAAUGGAAGGACAACCGCAGAGGGGGGUAGCUCUGCUCUUGAAGGAACAGUGGUGAAUUACAUAUGCAACACUGGAUAUGUCUUGGUCGGUCCUACUCGAAAGCGAUGUGAGAGCACUGGAGUGUGGUCUGGGGGCGAAGCUCGCUGUGAGUACUCGUGCACUGUGCCGACUGCCACUCCCGGAUUAAAUAUAAAUGUUGAAGAAUACAGAACCAUGGCCACGUCGGACAAUACCAACGGUGUUCCCUUGAUUCGGAGAGUGCGCUUCACCUGUGAUAAUGGCUAUUCUCUGCAAGGAGCUACUGAGCUAAAUUGUCUGCCUUCAUCUCAGUGGAAUGCCGCCGUUCCAACAUGUGUUCGAAGCUGUGGAGAGCCUCCAAAUUUACAUAAUGGGCGGUACGAGGGAACUAACUGGGCUGAAGGUGGACGUGUUCGCUAUUACUGCAACGAUAGAUGGACAUUAUCAGGAGACUCAUCCCUUGUGUGCAGAGAUGGCACGUGGACAGGGACAGCGCCAUCAUGUGCCCUCGCCCAGUGUAACAAGCCAGUGAUAAGCAACGGAAUAGUUACGCCCGACAGCAACCUUUACCCUGUUGGCAACAGCAUAACCGUAACAUGCCAGGCAGGUUUCACAUUACAGGGAGAUUCAAGCCUCACCUGUCUGCAAAACUCCGCAUGGAACAGACCUUCGCCGAGGUGUACCGUGACAACCACCACACUUCCGCCUGUAACCUGUCCAACAAUAGCUGCUCCAACUAAUGGCCGAAUUCUCAGCUCCAGAAAUGGCGUUGUUUACACUCCCGGGGAAACGAUAGAGUUUGUCUGUAAUGACGGUUUCCUGAUAUCUGGCACAAAUCAACGCAUCUGUCAGGCUACUGGCGAGUGGUCCGGUAGAGAAGCCCGUUGUAUCCGAGUUAUCACUUGUGCUGAUCCUGGAACACCUGCCAAUGCCGUCCGCGAAGUUCGUCAGCCCAGAGUAGGCGGGGGAGGCAGACUUGGGGGUAGAGGAAGACUACGCAGACCUGGUUACCUUCGCCCCAAUUCACGCGUGGCUGGAGGAGACGGGUCGGAAGGAACUGUCGUAGACAUUAAUCUUCCCAGUGGGCAGUUUCGGGUUCUCACGAGAUUAACGUUUGAAUGUGAAUCGCGCUUUUAUCAGCUGGUCGGCUCUCAACAUCGCGAGUGUCUGCGGUCUGGCGAUUGGUCAGGACGACAACCCACGUGCAUCCCAGUUUGCGGCAAAUCGGAAGGAGUUCGAGUUGGGGUAAUUAGGAACGGCCAGGUGUCUCGUCAGGGUGAAUGGCCAUGGCAGGUCUCCAUUGCUCACCGCCAGGAAGACGGUCAGUUUUAUGGCGUCUGCGGAGGGACCGUCAUCAGCGAAAACUGGGUGGUGACAGCGGCUCACUGUGUCACGAAUAGGUCCACGGCAAACAUCAUGCCGCUGGCGAACCUCAAACUGUAUCUGGGAAAAUACUACCGUGAUAUCAACCAGGACGACGCGGAAGUUCAAGUUUCCUUGGCGUCUGAGAUACAUGUUCAUCCGAACUAUGACCCGGAAGUCCUUAACUCUGACAUUGCAUUGAUUCGCCUGGCUUCGACAGCGACCCUUUCCAACAGAGUGUCGCCCAUUUGCUUACCGGGCUAUAACUCGGAUGGUGUUGCUUUGGCCGACCGACUCAUUCGACCAGGUUCAAACAUAACCGUUACGGGUUGGGGAGAAACCGAAAACCGAACUGAUGCUGGCGUAUUGAUGAUGACGGUGCUUGGAACGAUUUCCAGGGAGUCCUGUGAAGAUAAAUAUGCUGAAUCUGGUCUUCCCCUGAUUGUCACAAGCAAAAUGUUCUGUGCUGGACACGAUGAUGGCAGAAGUGACACCUGUUUCGGAGAUUCUGGCGGACCCGCAAUGGCUAGAGCCGGAUCAGGUGAUAACCGAAGAUGGUAUCUGGUUGGUGUAGUCAGUUGGGGCAGUCCAAUUGAUUGCGGAAUUCCUAUGCAAUACAGUGGAUUCACCAAGUUGUCACAGUUCUUAUCAUUUAUCAAUCAGUUCACUGGACUGUAAUCUCGCUAGUCUGUCACUACUGUAACGCAUCACAUUUCAAUGCCGAUUAUGAAAUACUCGCUACUGUAAUGCAUCAGGGGGAAUGCUCAUUCUUACAACUGUGAAUUUCUCUCUUCUAUUCAGCUUUCUUGAUUAUUUGAACAAUGGUAAAAAUGAAGUUGCGGGAGCAUGUUGUUGUUGUUGUUUUUUUAGCCAAAGUUCUAAAAAUCGUAGCGGUAUAAAAGAUUGUAUCGCUUAGCGUUUCUGUGAUAUUGCAUAAUGGCUCUGUGUAGUCUACGGAUUACCACAUGUACAUACGUUAAGUGUUCAACAUUUCAUUAAUAAAUAAUCUUUAUUAAGUUACACAUCAGUGAUUAAGUAAAUAUUUUAGUAAAAUGUCGCAGAGUGUAUAAAUGACUGUCUUAAUAUGUUUCAUUUAUGUAUCAUUGUCUUGUGGUCUUGUCUCCCUGAUGAAUAAAUCUAUUUAUAUUUGUUUAAUGAGCCAUAAAACGACAUUCACUGUCAUGUAUAGCAAAGCGGAGAUUUUAUGACCAUUCGUUUUGUUCAGACUUAUUUAAUGUUUAAAUUAAAUAAAACAUUAAAUAUGUUAAGCCACUACUGUGUUUAAAUUUGUAAAAGUAUAAACCUCUGAAUGAUGGUGCCAACCUAAGAAAUAAAAUGUCUGAUGGACAUUCAAA